UAAUAUUGGUUGCUAUAAACGUUUGAGCAGUUUUUUUUUGGAUUGUUUCAUUCAUUUUUGGCUAUCAUUAUCAUCAACAUCAAAUUCGCCUACGCCCUUAAUUAUUUUUUUUUCCGAAAUUGAAAUCAUUUUAUUUUGAAUUUUCAUACUUGAUACACCUGACAAGAGAAAAAAACAAUGGCAAACGAAAAUAUCAAUAAUAAUCAAAUGGUCAUGAAAUUGACCAAAAAUCUUUAUGAAUCGGGUAAAAAUCUUGUUCUUUCACCAUUUUCAUUGACAACAGCAAUGGCAAUGGUAUUAGCCGGUGCUAAUACCCAUACCCAAAAUGAAUUGAUUCAAUUUUUAUUCGGAACAAAAGUAACCAAAAUUGAAGAUGGUAAAUUAAUGUUGGAUAAUUUAACCAAAAAUUUACAAGAAUUUUUUCGAUCAAACCAAAGUGUUUUGAAUAAUGCAAACAUGCUUUACAGUAAUAAAACUUUUCCAUUGAAAGAUGCCUAUGUUGAUAUUUUGACCAAAAAUUUUACAGCCAUGGCCAAACAAUUAGAUUUUAGUGAUUCAAAAGCUGCUUUAGCUGAAAUUAACGGUGCCGUAAAGAAAGCUACUAAAGAUAUGAUACCAACUUUAUUGGAUCAAAUUGAUUCAGAAACUCGUGCCAUAUUGAUAAAUGCAAUUCAUUUCAAAGGUCUUUGGAAACAUCCUUUUGAUAAGGCCGAAACAUUAGAUGAGGAUUUUCAUAAAUCCGAUAAUACCAUCGUUCAAGUAAAAAUGAUGCGAAAAAAGGAAAAAUUUCAUUAUUAUCGUUCUGAAGAAUGGGGUUUGGAAGCUUGUGCAAUUCCAUAUACAACUGGAUCAAUUUCGAUGGUAAUCGUAUUACCUUCGAAAGGAAAAAAUAUUUUAAAUGUUUUGGAAACAAUGCAAAAUAGCGAUCAUUUGGCACAAAUUUUGAAACGAAUGGAUGAUUCUCAAGAUGUUACAUUAAGAAUGCCUAAAUUUAAAAUUGAAUCAACACAUCAUUUGAUACCACAUUUAGUUCGAUUGAAUGUAAAAACAUUGUUCACUGGUGAUGCUGAUCUUUCCGGUAUUAGUACGGAAAAAUUAUUUGUAUCCGAUGUUAUACAAAAAGCUAUAAUUGAAGUUAAUGAAGAAGGUACUGAAGCUGCAGCUGCAACUGCAAUCAUGAUGAUGCGAUGUUGUAUGAUGUUAGAAGAAGAAAUUCAUUUCAUUGUUGAUCGACCAUUUGUUUACAUGUUAAUUUCAAAUGAUGGUAAACAUAUUUUAUUCACUGGUAUUUGUGAAAAUCCAAAUUAAAUCUAAUCAAAUUCAUUUUCGAAUAUAUUGUUAACCAAGUA